CAUAAGGCUGGUGCUCAGACCGGAUUAGUUGAUUGAAGAGCAGGCUCAGCGCUGGAUCGUUCCUGCUGAAGACAGCUACAGAGCCACUCUUCCCCACCGUACCUUCAUGUGAUCAUCCAUUGCUGUCUCCUCCAAUCAAGUUUCUCCAGUGGUGUCUUCUGCCAGUGCCAUCCCCAUCUGAAUCCAGGUGUCUGGACGUCAGUCGCACAAUGCAGGCCGCAGAGGAGGCCUGUGCUCAGCUGGAGGAUGAGUUGCUCUUUUGUGAGGAUUGCCGGUUGUACUUCAGAGACUCCUGUCCACAACAUGGAGCUCCAACUUUUAUCUUGGACACGCCAGUUCCAGAAAAUGUGCAGUCCCGUGCUUUACUAUCUCUGCCAGACGGACUGGUAGUUAAGGAAAGAUCUCAAGGAGGCUUUGGAGUGUGGUGCACUAUUCCCAUCAUUCCCCGGGGUUGCAUCUUUGGCCCAUUUGAAGGCGAAAUUUUAGUGGAUAGGAGUGAAUGUACCGUCUACUCUUGGGCGAUUAGAGACAAUGGAUCCUAUUUUUAUAUUGAUGCCAGUGAUGACUCCAAAAGCAGCUGGAUGAGGUAUGUGGCGUGUGCAUCAACAGAAGAGGAGCACAAUCUGACAGUGUUUCAGUACCGGGGAAAAAUCUACUAUCGUGCAUGCCAGCCUAUCCCUUCAGGCGCAGAACUGCUGGUGUGGAUUGGGGAGGAGUAUGCUAGGACCCUCGGACUCAAAUUAGGUGAGCAUUUUAAAUACGAAUUUGGUGAGAAGGAACUUCUAAUGAAGCUUUUUCAAGACCUACAUUUAAAGACCCUUGAUUCAUUGCCAAAUCACAUAUCCCCGCGGAGUCAGUAUGUGUGCAGUGAUAUGAGCACCCCUAUAAUGCAGUCACACAAGCAGAAUUACCCACUAAACAAUAUAGGGCAUUCUUCAUCGGGCUUCCAGCUGCUUGAGGGAACUCAGAAUUUGGUAAGCCUUGGUCGGGCUCAGAGCCGCUAUUGGACUUUUUUUGGCUUUCAGGGUGAUGCCUAUGGCCGAAUAAUUGAUAAAACCAAGAUUAUUUGCAAAUUGUGCGGUGUUAGACUUUCAUACAGUGGCAACACCACUAAUCUGAGGCAACAUCUUAUUUAUAAGCAUAGACAGGAGUACAAUGAAUUAGUGGGAACACAGGGGGCAGUAGUGGAGCCACAAAAGAACAUUGAUUCUGUCUCCCCACGUGAGCUGCCAUCCAGGGCUGUAGUGACCCCUACUGUGAGUAGAACAACCAAAGCUGUGGCAGAUUUUAUCGUUCGGGAUCUAAUGCCAGUUGAAAUAAUCGAAGGUGAAGGUUUUGUGCAAAUGCUAUCCAUUUUGGAUCCCAAUUACAAAUUACCAGCAGCCUCUUUCUUGGCUCAUACAAUCUUGCAAGAGAUGCACAUUCAAGCCAAGUUAAGAGUGAUGGAACUGGUGAAAAAUCUACAAGAGUGUUCUGUCAGUCUUGACCUAUGGAAACAUAGCGGCUCCUUGUCCUACCUCACGCUUACUAUACAUUAUGUCAAUGAAGCUUUUGAAUCCAGGAAUAUGGUGCUAUCAAGUAGGGUUGUUUCAGAAGACCUUUCUGAAGAAAGCCUAAAAUUAGUUCUUCAAGAUGUUGCAGAUGAAUGGGGAAUACGAGCAAACACGUUCUAUGCAGUGGGACUCAGCAGUCCUUCUGUUAAAAUAGCAGCUUCUAAAGUGGGUUGGAAGUCUCUGCCAUGUGUUGGACAGGUUUUGAAAAAUUGCAUUGAAGCUAUACUCCAGCACCAUACUAUACAGACCACAUUAGAUAGGUACCGAAGAUUGAUAGCCACUAUUUUCUCAUCAGCAGCCCAAAAUGAAGAGCUGACCACACAUGGACCUGUUUUGAAGGUCCAUUUAAAAAUGUUCCUACGGGAUGGUACAAAGUGGUACAGUAUCUACACGUUAUUGCAAAGCAUAGUGGACCAUUCCAAGUUUUUUAAAGGCUUAAUUGAGACUUUGAAUGAAGAUGGUAUUUCUCUGCAGCCAGACGACUGGUCAAUACUCCAAGAUGUCGUAGACAUCCUUAAACCAUUAUUUAUUGCUACCUCAACCUUUACCAAAGAUCAGUUUGUGGGAUUGUCACUGGUAAAGCCAGUAAUCACCAGUUUGUUAUAUAAACAUUUGGCCCCUAACGAGUGGGACUCAGAAUUUUCCAAGAACAUCAAAAAGGCCAUACAUGAGGAGUUGAGUUUUAAGUAUUCAGAUUCCGAAGUAAAUCAGGUUCUCAACUUGGCAUGUGCUUUGGACCCUCGUUUCCGUGGCCUUGAUUUCCUCAGCCAACCAGACCGUGUAGAGACCCUUCAUGUGCUGAAGCUUGAGGCUUCAAGCCUGGCAAAAAUACAGACAACGGAACCAAUUUGUGUUACACCCGAACCUCAAAAUUCAAGACCACCGUCCAAAAAAACCAAGCAGGACUCUGGUAUAGAGUUUCUUUUGGGAGACUUGUGUAAUGUAAGAAAUUCAUCAGCUAGCACUGUAAACCAGCAGGCAGAGCAGGAGAUUAGUAGCUUCCAGACAAGUGAGGCUUCCUCUUUAUGCCAGGACCCAUUACAGUGGUGGAAGAUGCACCACACACAAUACCCUCUUCUGGCACGAGCAGCCCGUAAACUGUUGGCUAUCCCUGCCACUUCUGUACCCACAAACUGGUUGUUCACAGAUGCCGGCCUGACUGUUUACCGCAAGCGCUCUGCUCUAACUGCAGAACAUGUUGAUAUGCUAGUCUUUCUCAAUGGCAAUAGGUUAGUUCUUUAAAGCUCGGCUGGUUGGUACUUCGCGUUUGUGCCUCUCCCACUCCAAUUGUAGCCACCCUUUGCAAGUGGCCCAUCAUAUAUUCUCCAGGUCUGAUCUAGUGCUUCCUCUACUUUCCUAAAAGAGGAUAAGCUAAGAGACGUUUGUUCACACCAAUAUCUGUAAUAUACAGUACAUAGUAGACUAUUUCACAGCUAAUUAUUGUUUUUAUGUUAUUUUUUUAUGUUAGUGUAUUGUCUGUCACAAGUGACCCAGUUCUCCUCCUUUUAAAGGCAUAUAUAUGUAGCAUAGAUUUCCGUUCCUGUUCUUGACUGUGUUGUAAGCACUGCAGUAGGUAUCCCCUUUCUUUACUUUUGGGGAAAGGUUUGUGCUGACUGCAGUUAUGCAAUCCGAAAGCAAAUCUAGUAUUGCACACAGAUGAUGGAAUGUAUGGAAAUCGAUAUGGGGCUAGUUGUUUUUAAAUGAAACUCAUUCAAAGGCAUGAAGCAGAGCUCUUAACGAUGUUUCUGAGGUGAACAAACCCUUUCUAUGUGCAUUAGCCAGAGCAGACCAGCUGUCACAAAGAGCAGUCUAGCUGGGACAACCCCUUCAAGCUUUAUUUACUGCCAGAUGGAUGCCCUGCCCUUUGAUUAACAGAUCGGCAUAAAUCUGAUAAUGUACCUAAUCAGUUUUGCUGCAUGGGAGGUUUUUUAUUUUUUCCGUUAACAUCCUCUUUGUCCAAAGACCUGCGUGUCCAUAGGAAUAUAUAUGCCUGUCCUGAGUGUACACCGUAUCCACACACACAUUGAACCCCUUUUCUGUAGUUGUAGUACCACAGAUGAGCAGAUGGGGCAGAAUUCGAGAAGACAGUAUUAUACUGCUGUGUUGUUUUUACGACUUAGCUCUAAACCCACCUUUCAUAUACUAUAGUCAAUAUAUUGAUGCAAAGGUCUACCAUUUUUCAUCCAUAAGCUAGAAGAGUAAGAGACUAAGCUUACUGAGCCUAUGCAGGACAUAGGGAGAGAGCAACUAAUGAAUAAUCCCUUGUUCUGGCCAACUGGAGGCCACAUCAGAGGGGCCAUUACCACUUCUCCUUGGAGCUUUUUGUAGUUAGUCCUAAGCCUACCAGUAUGAUCAACAGAUGUAAAAUCUGUCAAAUUGUAUUUGGAUUAACAAAAAAAUAAAUUCCCAUAUGCUACUUGGAAACAGUCAGGAAACUGCUGUUGACAGAUCUAAUCGUAUUGUGUUUUUAUAAUCCUCUUCUGAUAUUAAUGGGCUGUUUGGCUCCUUGAGACCAAAUUACCCCCUUUAAUCUGUCAUGCCUAAUGUAGGUAAUGGAUAUUCCUAUGUUAAUCAGACGAUGUACCGUAAAUGUUAAUUCUCCAGUGCUGAACUAUAAAACGGUCUGUUUUCAGAAGCAUGCUUGAUGAUGGAUUCCAUUUAGCAAUUGAUUUUGUACUGCAAAACAAGUGAAGCCAUGACGAGAAAUGUAAUAUAGCUAUAUUUUACAUUUGAUGACUGGUAACCAGUUUUAGUGGAGCUUCACUAGUGAUUCGAAGUAAAUAAAUGCACCAAUGUAGUUUAGACUGUUUUAUAUCAGCGAGACCUUGUUGAGACACUAUUUAGUGCACAUACUUCAAAAAUUAUAAUUUUUAUGCCCCUGUUUUGAUCUGCAGGACUGCAUUACUAUAAAAAUGUCAUAUAAGCCUUAAUUUAACCCCUUUCCAUCCUACGUAAUACUAUGACGUUGCUUCAAGUACCUAGUUAAUGCAAACUGACAUAAUAGUACAGCACAGUGAUAACGCAGGCUCAGGAGCUGUGUCUGUGCCAUCACUCAUACAGCUGUUCUCACUGCCAUGGAUCAGAAAUAACUCUGAUCCAGUCACUUUAACUCCUCAUAUGCCGAAGUCAAUAGUGACCAUGGCAUCUGAGUGCUUAGACAGAGGGAGGGACCUGCCACAAUCGCUGUGUGCUGAGUACUUGUUAUGGCAGACCCACCAUAUUGCUACAUCUAUUACCCACUGGCAGAAUGUAAUAGAAUAUCUGUAAAAAUGCCUAUACACUGUAAUACAAAAGUAUUACAGUGUACACUACCAGCGAUUAAACGAUCACAGGUUUAGGUCCCACAAGGGGAC